AUGAAAAAUCUGUUGCUUCCGAACUGUUGCAACCAACCUGUCUUUACGAGUAGCAGUAAGUGGUGCUUUGCUUAGAACUGGCCAAGCUUCUUUGGCUGCUUUUGCUUUUAGUGACUUUUGCAGUGAUUAUUUCUGCUGUUGAAGAUGUGGAUGUUUCUGCUGUUGGGAAUGUGGAUAUUUCUGCUGCUGUGGAUGUGCAUGUUUCUGCUGUUGCGCAUGUUUCCGCUGUUGUGCAUAUUUCUGCUCUUACAGAGGUGGAUGUUUCUGCUGUUGUGGAUGCGGAUAUUUCUGCUGUUGUGGAUGCGGAUAUUUCUGCUCUUGUGGAUGUUUUUGCUGUUUCAGAUGUGGAUGUUUCUGCUGUUGCGGAUGUGGAUAUUUCUGCUGCUGUGGAUGUUCCUGCAGAUGUGGAUGUUUCUGCUGUUGCAAAUGUGGAUAUUUGUGCUGCCAUGGAUGUUUCCGCUGUUGCAGAUGUGGAUGCUUCUGCCAUUGCGGAUGUCCAUAUUCCUGCUCUUGCAGAUGUUUCUGCUGUUGCAGAUGUUUCUGAUGUUGUGAGUGUGGAUAUUUCUGCUGCUGUGGAUGUUUCUGCCAUUGCGCGGAUAUGCAUAAUCCUGCUCUUGCCGAUGUGGAUGUUUCUGCUGUUGUGGAUGUAUCUGCCGUUGUGGAUGCUCAUAUUGCUGCCCUCCCCAUAUUGUUUUUGCUGUUCUGGAUGUUUCUGUUGUUGCGGAUUGGAUAUUUGUGCAGCUGUGGAUGUUUCUGCAGAUGUGGAUGAUGUGGAUAUUUCUGCUGUUGCGGAAAUUUCUGCUUUUGCAGAUGUAGAUGUUUCUGCUGUUGUGGAUGUUUCUGCUGUUGCGGAUGUUCCUGCUGUUGCGGAUAUUUCUGCUGUUGCUAAUGUGGAAGUGAUGGUAUCUUGGAAAGGUACCAUCAGGAAGGAUUUGAUAGUUGAUAGCACGAGUGUGUUUGGAACACUUGUGAUGAAAUGGUUAUGA